AAACAACGGCACAAGGUAGGGGAUGGGGCAAAGGUGCGAGUAUAAAACGCGUCACCUUCGCGUCUCAUUCGCGUUCUCUGACAACAGCAGACGGCCUACCAGAGAGGAUCAACAGAUCGCGGUUAUCUUCAGUGAACAGAGAAACAUCCCUACAAUGUCAGACAAGGUUUACAAAAAGACCAGUGGAAAUGGCCAGCUCACUCUCUACCUGGGCAAGAGAGACUAUGUUGAUCAUAUUGACACUGUGGAUGCUGUUGAUGGUGUUCUGAAAAUUGACCCUACAGACCUUGGGGACAGAAAAGUCUGGGUACAGCUCGCCUGUGCCUUCCGUUACGGUCGUGAUGAUCUGGACGUGAUCGGACUCUCCUUCAGAAAAGACAUCUGGAUUCAGCACAUACAGUUGUAUCCUGAUGCAGGACACAAACCCACAUUAACAGAGAUGCAUGAUACUCUCCUAAAGAAAGCUGGAGAACAGGGUCAUGCCUUUACUUUUAAUAUUCCAACCAAUCUUCCCUGCUCUGUUACCCUUCAACCUGGCCCGGAUGACAAAGGAAAGGCUUGCGGUGUGGACUUUGAGGUCAAAGCUUACUUGGCCAAAGCAGCUGAAGACCCUGAUGAGAAAAUUGACAAGAAGGACACUUGUCGCCUUGUCAUUCGUAAGAUCCAGUUUGCUCCUAAUAACACGGGAUCUGGGCAGAAGGCCGAACUCUGCAAGAGCUUUAUGAUGUCUGAUAAGCCUGUCCUUCUGGAGGCGUCUCUGGACAAGGAUAUUUACUACCACGGUGAUCCCAUCCCUAUCAAAGUUAAUGUCAAGAACGAGACCAACAAAGUUGUGAAGAAAAUCAAAGUUACAAUUGACCAAACCACAGACGUCGUUCUCUAUUCAGCUGACAAAUACACCAAAAAUGUGCUGUGUGAAGAGUUUUCGGAAACCAUAGAAGGCAAUGCCAAUUUUGAAAACACCCUCACAAUAACUCCUUUGCUGGCGAACAAUAAGGAGAAACGUGGCCUGGCGCUGGACGGCAGGCUUAAGGAUGAGGACACAAAUUUGGCCUCUACCACCAUUAUAAGACCAGGGAUGGAUAAGGAGAUGUUGGGAAUCCUAGUGUCCUACAAGAUCAAAGUUAACCUCAUGGUCUCAGGUGGAGGUUUGCUGGGAGGUCUGACAGCAAGUGAUGUCACAGUAGAGCUCCCUUUGACCCUGAUGCACCCCAAACCCACAGAGUGAACAUAUGUAGGACUCCACAGGACUGAUGUUCCUCUUACACACAUUCCCUCAGCACUUUGGAAAGGUUGCAUUGCACACCCAGAAGCCAUUCAGAUGUAUCAGACAAUAAUAAGAGUCACAACCACAAUUGAAGAAAUCACAUUAGUAUCACCUCACAAAGUCUUUGGGUCAUACUGAUGGUAACACCAUGAAACAGUUUUAAAAAUUAAUGCAGGGUUUCUCAAACUCGUUGCUGAAAAACAUUUCAUUGUUUACUUUCAAUCAAAACAUUAAAUGUAAAUAAGUAAUGUUAUAAAGUCAAAAAUUCAAAUAAAACAGGUACUAAGGCUUGCUUGAACUCAUGCAAAAGGCCAAAAGAAAACUGAAAAACUCAUGCAGAAAAGUUUCAUGUACCAAUAAAAGAAAUUACUAGAUAAAGGUUCAAUAACAGGUAAUAAAAUAUGUAUUUAAAAAUAUCUUCGGCUGACCAUAAAGUUUGAGAAAAACCCUGCAUUAAUGUAACUGAAAGCAUAUGUACUGUAUGGGUGAAUGGUUGGCCUGAGGGUCUGAGUUCAGGAAUAUCAUGCAUCUUUUGAAAGAGUGCUUCCCAUGGUCCAUUAUCUUAUAAAUUAACUCAUAGGUUCCUAUAUGUGUGUCUGAGUGAUUCAUUUCCAAAUGUAUGGAGGUACACUAUAUGUAUGGUUGUAUUUAUUUGUGUAGAGUCAUUUAAACUAGCACAAUUACAGUGAGGUGAUGUUUGUCGUGUAAUGUUUGCU